AUGGCGUACCAACAACUACCCAAGAUGCAGCAUGCCGUGGAAGUGACAUCAGCCAACGAGGACUACACCCCCCCUUCGUCUACCCUGCAAAACUAUGAAGAAAUACACGACUUCGACUUUAGUCUUACCAGUCCUCGUUCAACCGUCAAGUCACCGUCCAUAAAGAAGCACGCACCACAGUGGAGCUCGUCUACAAACAGUACAGCUGUGACUUCGGAAGUAUGUAGCACAAAGUCUAAUAGCCGGGCUGGUUUGUCCCGUGCACGAUCUUGGGCUUUCGAGAUCAUGGCCGUUGCAAUUGGCCUCGGUGCCGUUGCCGCUAUCAUUGGUGUGGUAUCCAAAUACAAUGGGCGUGCGUUGCCUGACUGGCCUCACGACAUCACCUUGAACGCUCUUAUCGCUCUGUUGGCCACCUUCGCAAACGCCGCAAUGUCGGUCUGCCUUUCGAGUGGAAUAUCGCAGGCAAAAUGGAUCCGGUUCAAGCAGGCAUCAACUCCGCUAUCUGAUAUGGAAGCCUUCGAUGAUGCUAGUCGUGGUUCAUGGGGUUCCAUCAAACUACUGGGAACUGGGAGAGGAGGACUUCUUGGAUCAUUCGGAGCUACUGUUGCCAUUGUCGCCCUUGCUCUUGGGCCUUUCUCUCAGCAGAUCGCAACCUACAAGAUCCGAAGUGUGGAAAGUGACAUAGGCGCCAUUAUUCCCAGAGCCCUUAACUUUACUCCCGCAUUAGUGGGUAACACAAGCACGACUGGUUUCGUACCUAUUCUUCCACUUAAAGCAGCAGUCUAUAACGGCCUGUUCGCGGAGAACAACAGACCCGCGGCAUCGCUACCAUUUAAAUGCCAAAGUGGUACCUGCGUCUGGGAGCCCUUCGAGACCCUAGCUGUUUGUCAUGAAUGUACCGACAUCAGCUCUCUCAUCACGCGAUACUGCCCACCUGAAUUGGGUGCAUCGCCAAACAUGACCUCAUGCGGGUGGCAAGUUCCGCAAGGAGCACAUCGUGAGUACCAUUCAUUCACCAACUGUAAACGGAUAAGUACUGACUCGGUGUGCCCUUAUCUAGUCAACACCAGUUCCGAUGUAUUUAGUAUGACGUCCUUCAUCCCAUCUGCCUAUGGAGACAUGCCUCAUUCUACACUGAUCCGGCUCAUCUUUAUGGGUACAGAGCUUCAAGACACACCAUAUAAGCUGAACCCUUGGGCGUCGCAAUGCAGCCUACAAGCAUGCGCAAACACGCUAUCCGCGUCAGUGACAAACGGUACACAUCAGGAGAACAUCACUCAUUCAGUACUCAAUCAUACUGUCAUUGACAUAAGCUCACCUGAUCCUGCUGCCGACCAUAGCGUGUACAUCACUGGAAAAUCUGAUGACACUGCGUACCUGCUUGGCAUGGAAGCGCUCUUAAGCAUACGCGGUUGGUUCAGCGCGAUCUUCACAAACGGCUCUGCGACGCGCACAACUAGCGACUUUACACGCAGUGUUACAGAUCCAGACCGGGCUGUUGUAGUCAACCUUACAGUCGGCAUUUCAUCAGGCGAAACCUUCUUUGACACGGACAUUGUGACGGCAUUCUACUGGAACUACUACGAGUAUGCUGACGGGAUCAACAUGCUUAUGAGCGAUCUGGCUAUAUCGAUGACCACCGCCUUCCGUGGUUUCAAUGGCGCAGUGGAAACGUAUGGCAAGUCAAUAACGGUAGAAUCAUACGUCCACGUCCGAUGGGGUUUCGCAGUACUACCGAUCGCGGCCGUUUUGGCCACUUUGAUCUUCCUGCUCACUGCGAUGACGAUGACACAUACGUCGGGUACGCAAGUGUGGAAAAGCAGUGCGCUUGUGUCGCUCCUGCAUGGGUUAGACCAUCAAACGAAAGAGAGAUUUGGUACCAAUGACAGCUUGGUGGUUCAGAAGAAACAGGCGAAAGCGGUUAAGGUCAGAUUGUAUACCGAUGACCGGGACAAUACUAUGCUGGGAGCAGAGAAGGCUGCAUGCUAG